CAGUAUAUGUGUGACCCUGUGAUGGACUGGUGACCUGUCCAGGGUGUACCCCUGCCUUUCACCCAAUGUGUGCUGGGAUAGGCUCCAGCAGAUCCCCGUGACGCUAAUUAGGAAUAAAGCGGGUAUAGAAAAUAGAUGGGUGGAAAUUAAAUUGACCUAAAGUUAACAUCGCACGCAGAGCUGAAGUUCCUUUUUCACCCUAACCGUUGAACACACUCUGACUUGUGGAAAAAAAAGCGACCUGAACACAUCCUUCACUCAAGCACUGCAAUGCCUCACGUCAUCAUUAAACUAAUGAUCUUGGUGGCUUGGUUUUCUCAAGCUCAAGGUCUAGAAAUCUAUCCAGCAAAGAUUUAUUUAGGUAAAUCCGAAGGCACACUGGAGUUCACGUGCAGCACAUAUGGGCUGCAGGACGCAUUACAGAGGACCAGCAAGUUCCAUAUUUACCUCUGUAGGAAUGGCGUUGGAAUAAAAAUGAAAUUGAGUUGGCAAGAUGCUACAUUUUGUGUAGACGACACUAGAAGGGACAAUACAGGAUAUUAUAGUUGUGUCUAUUCAGUGCAAAAAUAUAAUAUCGAUCAAGUAAGACAAAAUGGCACGAAUUCCAUCUUUGUUAGUGUAAACGAUUCCUUCGUCCCGGCAGAGAUAGCCUCGUCUCAGACACAUGUGAUAACAGGAUCCGAUGUUGAAUUCCAGUGUACCUCUUUAAAUUUACCCGAGAGGAACCAUAAAGGCAACAUUUACGCCGUUCUGUACAAGAACAGCACUGUAAUUCAGAUGAAUAUUUGGGACAUGAGAAAGAACAAGGCCAGGUUUGUUCUGAAAGAAGUCAGGAUACAAGACGCUGGAAAAUAUAUCUGUUUUCUGAUGUCAGAGCCGUUACCUUUUCCUAAAAACGUGUACGGUGUCAAUGAAGUCAUCCUUGACGUUACUGUUUCAGAGUACUUUAAUGAAACUAUAAAGAUUACUGUUGGUGUUCUAUCCCUGCUGCUGAUUAUUUUGAUUCUUGGACUGGUCUCUUGGGGAGUGUUUCAGAAGAAAGGUUGCUUUAAAGGCCACAGUGAUCGAUUUGAUAUUUCUGUUGAACACAGUAAUCACCCGAGAGAGGCAGAGAUGAACCAAGCUGAAAUGCGGAAUGUACACAGCUUUGAUUCAGAAUGGGAUCAAACUUCCUCAUCUAGUGCUAGUCCUUCAUAUACAAACACUUACCAGGUCUGUGAAGAUCAGUGAAAAAAUCAGAAGUGUGGCUACAGCAAUAUGGCUAAACUCAAACCCCAGAAACCUAUACUCUAACCUAUUACAAACUAGUUAACUAGUACACAGUUCACUGUGCUUGGAAAUAUUGAUAUAAGCAAAAGGCUUAGCAUUUCCAGAAGAACCAACAAUCUGCAUAAUCUUUCAUUUAUCUGGUAUUGCCUUUUAUAUAUUUUUUUCUUACAUUUUAGUGUAAAUGUUGAACUGUUGGAUUUCAAAACAAAUUAAACAUGUUGAUGUCCGUAUCCAUGUCCCCCAUGUUUGUGGCAUUACUGUUUAACUAAAUUCUAAUAUGUUUAAAACAAUUUAGAAACUAUAUUUGCCGCAAAUUCUCUCUGCUAGCUACUGUGCUCUUCUUUAGGAUACCAUUUACACCAACAAACGGACCAUACAAUAUAUAACACUAUAGUUUUAUGAUUUACACUGAUCAGGUGUAACAUUAUGAGCACCAACAGGUGAACACUGAUGAUCUCCUCAUCAUGGCACCUGUUAGUGGGUGGGAUAUAUUAGGCAGCAAGUGAACAUUUUGUCCUCAAAGUUGAUGUGUUAGAAGCAGGAAAAAUGGACAAGCGUAAGGAUUUGAGCGAAUUUGACGAAGGGCCAAAUUGUGACGGAUAGACUACUGGAUCAGAGUUUCUCCAAAACUGCAGCUCUUGUGGGGUGUUCCCGGUCUGCAGUGGUCAGUAUCUAUCAAAAGUAGUCCAAGGAAGGAACAGUGGUGAACUGGCGACAGGGUCAUGGAUGAACAAGGCUCAUUGAUGCACAUGGAGAGCGAAGGCUGGCCCGUGUGAUCCGAUCCAACAGACGAGAAAUUGCUGAAGAAUAGAAUAGAAUAGGCUCUAAAAGAAAGGUGUCAGAAUACACAGUGUCAGGGCUGUUUUGGCAGCAAAAGGGGGACCAACACAAUAUUAGGCAGGUGGUCAUAAUGCUAUUCCUGGUCAGUGUAUAUUUGCACUUAACAUGACCAUGGACAAUAGGGCACUAGAACUUAUUUGGGUACCCACAGUAUGUUAUAGUUCCACAUAAGUCUAGGAGGAAUAUUAGGUGAGAGUAUGAAUACUUAUGGCCAUAUGGCCUCACUAAAUACCCCGCCAAAUAAAGCACCCUCGGGGGCAAAAGAAGUUGAAUAGAAUAUGAAUACUCAGUUAUGCCACAUAGGCUUGCUAAUUCCCUCCUACCAUAAUUCUUAUCUCAUUAGUUACAAUAAUGGCAAUGUAAUGGGUAAAAUUAAAUUAAAUU